AGUUACGCCCCUUUCUUGUUACACGGCUGUAGUCUCCACCAUUACAGUUUCUGCGCUUCUCUGCAGUCUUUCAGAUUUGGAAACGUUUUUUUGUUCACACUCAUCGCUGUCGGUCGGGAGGGUGUGGUUCAGAAACAACAGCGAACAUUGAUAAUAUUCAUCGAAAUCAGAUUCUGCUGGAAUCAACAGUAUGAAGAACAAUUUCAAAUUCUUUCAGAUUGUUCUACUAAUGUGCGGAGUGUUUGGUGCUGGAACAGAUGAAGUGGAGACCAUGUCAGUGAUGGAGGGAGAAUCUGUCACUCUGAACCCUGAUCUUACUAAAAUACAGGGAAUUAUUCAGAUGAAGUGGAGGUUUAGAGAUUCACCUUCAGUCAUUGCUCAAAUCGAAAAUAAGAUUUCAUAUCCCACUGUCUCUGAGAUGUUCAAAGACAGACUGAAGCUGGAUCCGACUGGAUCUCUGACAAUCACAAACAUGAGAACUAAACACUCUGGACUUUAUAGACUAGAGAUCGACCACGACACUGGGACCUCACGUUUGAAUUUCAGCGUUAAUGUCUAUGAGUCUCCAGCUGUUAUUGAUGCUUUUAAAGGUGAAAUGAAGAGUGUAUCAGAGACGGAGGGGAAUUCUGUCUCUCUUCAGACUGAUAUUAAAACACACAGAAAAGAGCUGAUAGUGUGGAGGUUUGGAGAUGAAGGAAAACUCAUAGCUAAACAUGAUCUAGAGGCCAAGAGUCCACCAUUAUAUGAUCCUGAUGAGAGAUUCAGAGACAGACUGAAGCUGGAUCAUCAGACCGGAUCUCUGACCAUCACAAACACCAGAUUAUCAGACUCUGGAGUUUAUAAAGUGAAGAUCAGCAGCAGCAAACAGACUUUAAACAAGAGAUUCGUUGUUACUCUCAGCGUUCCAGGUCUGUCUCCAGCUGCUGUAGCAGGGAUUGUUGUCGGUCUGCCGCUGGUAUUUUCAGCUGUCGCAGCUGCUGUUUUUUUUUAUCAUCGUCACAAAGUCUCUAAAUUACAAAAAAAAAUGAAGAAGAUAUUUAAACAACUAGAGCAACUGCCGAAGAUCUCUAAACAGCUAAAGGAAAUGGCCCAGAUCCCAGAGCAAUUGUCCAAGAUCGCUGAAGAAGAAUUGCCGAAUAUACCUGAACAAGAAUUAUUGAAGGUAUCUAAACAACUACUGGAAAUGUUCGAGAUCUGUGAACAAGAAAUGCCGAAGAUAUCUGAACACCUAACGCAACUGCCCAAGAUCUUUGAUCAACUAAAGGAAAUGCACAAGAAACCUGAACAACCAGAGCAGCCGUAUGAAGUGAAGUCAGUGUCAGUGAUGAAGGGGGCGAAUGUGACUCUACAUGCCAAAAUACAGGCAGGAGAUAAGAUAUUCUGGAUGUUUGGAGAUGACAACUGGCUCGUAGAUAAAAACACAGAAGAGAAGUGUGAAGAAGAGUCUGAGUUCAGUGAUGAUAGAUUUAUAGACAUUGCAGAUCUGGAUCAUCAGACUGGAGAUCUCACCAUCAAGACAAUCAGAACUGUCCACACUGGAGAAUACAAACUAAAGAUCAUCAAAAAUGGCAAAGCCUCAUUCAAGUUAUUCAAUGUUACUGUUUCUGCUCAAGUGAAUGAAUCAGUGCUGGAGGGACGUCCUGUCACUCUGAACUAUGAUACUGAAAUACAGAAGGAUGAUGAAAUACAGUGGAAGUUUGAAGAGAAACUCAUCGCUGAAAUGACUGGAGAGAACCGUAAGAAUCCUCAAUGGACUGAUGAUGAAUUCAGAGACCAAAUGAAGCUGGACCCUCAGACUGGAUCUCUCAUCAUUCAACAAACCAGACCUGAACACUCUGGAUUAUAUAAACUAGAGAUCAAGACCAGAGAUUAUUCAACAUUCAGACUCUUCAGGCUUAUUGUCUGUGUGAAUAAAUCAGUGCUGAAGGGAGAUUCUGUCACUCUGAACUAUGAUACUGAAAUACAGAAGGAUGAUGAAAUACAGUGGAAGUUUGGAGAGAAACUCAUCGCUGAAAUGACUGGAGAGGACCGUGAGAAUCCUCAGUGGUCUGAUGAUGAAUUCAGAGACCAAAUGAAGCUGGACCCUCAGACUGGAUCUCUCAUCAUUCAACAAACCAGACCUGAACAUGCUGGAUUAUAUAAACUAGAGAUCAAGACCAGACAUUAUUCAACAUUCAGAUUCUUCAGUCUUACAGUCUUUGGUGAGUAACACAAAGUGUUUCAG